AUGAAGUCGACUCCGACGGGGAGGGAGGCGGUGAGGAGGGUCGUCAUACACGGGCAGGAAGGCAACUCUGGUGGGGAGGCACCUCGGAGGGAGGCAAGCGUCGACUUCGAUCUGCGUGUCAGGGAGCCGGUAGGGAGGGGCGACGGGAGGAAAGAGGGGUGCUGGAGACGCCUCGGCGAAGGAGAGAGGGGUCCAGUGACAGACAUAGGGAUUUGCGGCCACAGUGAGCCGCCGCUUAGGGUUGGUGCAAGGAGAGCUUCACAAGCAGCCCGCCGCCGGCCACCGUGCGCCAGCUCCUGCUGCCGCGCCGGCCGCCUGCUUCGGCGCCGCCGCAGCCCUCCGCCGCAGCUCGCCGUCCGCCGUGCGCCCGCCGCCGCCGGCCGACGCUGCUGCCGCCGGCCACCACCGGCCCCGCCGCCGGCUGCCUCCCCCUCUCUCUCUCUGUUCUGCCGGGCGGCCAGAGCCCCGCCGGCCGAAGCGGCCAGCGCCAGGCAGAGGAAAAAGCCAGGAAGAAGGAAGAAAAAGAAAAGGAAAGAAAAGAGAAGAAAAGAAAAGGAAGAAAAAAAAAGAAAAGAGGAAAAAAGGGGGAAAAAGUUGGAAAUUUUGGAAUUUCGUCGGAUUCGUCGUCAAACUUUCGAAGGCGAAUUCUCGGUGGUACCUCUUCUGGGCGGCCGUGAUUUUGCUUUGGAUUCGUCGCUUUUGGUAAAAGGUAUGUUUAGUUGCUGACGUGCAUGUCGGGGGAUGGUUUUUGGUAGUUGCACGCACGUCCUCAUCACAAAGCCGAUAGUCUCCCGGUGUUUGAGUUGAGCUUUGUUGAUGAGUUGCCGUUUGUUUUGGUAUAUGUUGUGGUGAGACGCUGGUAGCGUCGUGAAGGUGAUAUAUAAAUGUUGGUUAUAUCA